UGGGCCCGGUCACAUUGUUAAAAAUAUAUUUUUUGGCAUUAGAACCAUCCAUCAGAUACAAUAAUCAAAACAUUUAGAUACGGAUUGUAAUACUUAAUCUCAACCAUUAUGCAGUUCUCCUGGAUGAAGGUGGCCAUUUACCUGUUAACCUUCCUCACAUACGCCUACUCUGGCUACGGUUCAAGCACCAUAGUUCAUCUAAGGGAUGCCAUUAUUGCAGCCGAGGCUAUCUUUGGUGACGUGUUCAAGAACAUGAUAGUCCUCGUGCGCAAGUUCAGGACUGUCCACGAGGUGUUUGACGCCGCCGUGGAGGAGAACUGCGUGUACCAAUGCCCGGCGCCGGAUAUCGGGGGACCAGCACCGAGGGCGGUACAGAACAAGUUUUAUACCCCAACUGCCGAUGGUUGCGGCUCCCUUGGACUCCGGAUCAGUACGGAUUACCUGCCGGCGGCGGAGAUGGAGACCUGCUGCAAUGCCCACGACAUCUGCUACGAGACCUGCAACAGCGACAAGGAGCUCUGCGACCUCGACUUCAAAAGAUGUCUCUACAAGUACUGCGACAGCUACGAAAAAUCCAUUGCCAGUGAUCUGAUGACCAAGGGAUGCAAAGCGGCGGCCAAGAUGCUCUUCACGGGCACCCUGACCCUGGGCUGCCGGUCGUAUCUGGACUGCCAAAAGCGAUCCUGCUACUGUGCCCCCGGGAAGUCAUCAUCGUCCUCAUCGAAUGGCAACCAUAAGCAGCAGCAGUGGAACAGUCGGGAGAAGCAGCAGCGUCAGAAGUACGGAUGGAAGGAUCGGAACGAGAUAUAGUACAUAGAAGGGUGCGGGGCACAAGGGGAUAUUUGAAUAAGAGUGCGUUAAAUGUUGUCGUUGAACAGUGUUGUGUUAGUUUUCUUAGUUUAAUUUCCACAUUGUACGAAUUUCAUAAUAACAAUACCAAAUAGUGGCAUAUGAACGGU